CUCCCAGCGUGAAGUAAUAGACAUAUUUGAUCGAUUAAUAACAUUGUACCAACUGUAGAAUGAUACUAACAUUGUUGGUGCUGGCUGCCCAGCGUGUUAAGUUGGUGUAAGAGGCAGCAGCAGCGCUCACUGUCAGAGGGAAAGGGGGCUGGACUGGACUGAGGAGAGGAGUGACUUUCUUUCAAAAAUAGUACGCUUCAUCACAGCAGUAACCGGUUCAGCAGCGGCGGCCGGGUAUGGAGGGUGUGAAUCAUGGCUUACUACGGAAAUAAAUAACGGGGCCGGGACGAUAUUAUUCAAGCCAAUGAGGAAAUACAAAAGGCGGUGAAAAGAAGAAGCGGCCAUCUGAAGAGAGAAAUAAACCGCUAGCUAAAGUCAGUGCCACACGUUUCAGUGUUGAUGUUGGUAUUUGGCCACGAAUACCUGCCGAAAAGUACUCCCGACAUCCUUUAUUGAGGCUCCUCUGUCCUGUGUGACCCCCUGACACAGAGAGGAUGGUGAUGGAGGAGGGGGUGCAGAGAGACAGAGGUAGGGGGACCCCAGCAACACCAGGAGCAGAGGCCAGACAGAUUUUUGUGGAACUUGGGGAGCAGAACUUUGAUGCCAUAUGUCUCUCUACAUAUCGAACAGCCUGCAAGCUCAGAUACAUACAGAAGAGAUGCAACUUGCAUCUGAUCGACAUAUACAAUGUGAUAGAGGCGGUGCGGGACGCUGGUCUGAAUGCUGUAGAGCUACACGCCGGCAUCUCUGUGAUCCGACUGGAGAACUUGGUGUCCUCCCUGUUCAACCAGCUCAGCAAGCGCCUGCCCACCACACACACCAUCAACCCACGAGAGAGCACUGUUCUGUUAGUUGAGUUCUUACUGGCCACCGUUGACAGUGAACCAGACAGCCGUUUGACGGUGCUCUCUGUGAAGGCGAUGCUGUCCAUGUUGUGUGGAGGGAAACUGGUUGAUAAACUCCGUUAUGUGUUUUCUCAGGUAUCUGACUCUGGUGGCGUGUUGGUACAGUCCAAGUUUGAUGGUUUUCUGAGAGAGGCUCUCAAGCUGCCAACCGCUCUACAUGAGGGACCGUCCUUUGGCUACACACACACUUUAGCGCGCUCAUGCUUCCCACAACACAAGAGGGUGAUGCUCAACAUGUUCCUGGAUAUUGUAGCUGAUCCUCCUCAGUGUCUUGUGUGGCUGCCUCUCAUGCACCGCAUGGCCAACGUGGAGAAUGUCUAUCACCCCGUCUCAUGCUCCUACUGUCGUGGCAACGGUAUGACGGGCUUCCGCUAUCGCUGCCUCCGUUGCCGGGGUUACCAGCUCUGCCAGAACUGCUUCUGGCGUGGCAACGCCAGCGGCUCUCAUAGCAACAAGCAUCAGAUGAAGGAGCACUCAUCCUGGAAGUCGCCGGCGACAAAACUUGGUCGAGCCCUGAGCAGGACUCUGGGCUGUGUGUCAUCUAGAGAGCCCCCUCAUCCAAUAUACCCAGAGGAACCUGAGAUGACCCUCAACCUCGCCAACAUAGUCCCUUCUCGUCCUAUUAGGAACACCAGUGAGGCCAUGUUGCUGUCCUCAUCAGCGCCCGAGUCCUCCAAGAGUUUGUCAGCUGCUCAGCGUAUGAAUGAAGAACAUGCUCUGAUCGCUGCAUAUGUGAAUCGACUCCAGAGCAGUCCGAGUAGUGUUAACAGUCCCAGCAGGCAAGAUGAGGAGCACAAACUGAUUGCCCGCUACACGUCCAGACUAGCAGAGACUGACGGCACAGGAGUGAUACCAAAACGGAGCAUCGACUUUGAUGUUAACAAACAAAAGAGGGAGCUCAUCGCUCAGCUGGAGUGCAAAAAUAGAGAGAUCUUGGCAGAGAUCAAGCGUCUCCGUGCAGAGCAUGACGCAGCGUGCCAGUCCAGCCCAGAGAAGGGCAGCACCAACCCAACCCUGCUGGCCGAGCUUCGCCUGCUCAGACAAAGGAAAGAUGAGCUGGAGCAGAGGAUGUCAUCUCUGCAAGAGAGCAGGAGGGAGCUGAUGGUACAGCUGGAGGGACUGAUGAAGCUGCUCAAGGCGCAGGCGGCUGGCUCUUCUCAUGCCUCUCCUUCUCGACCGAGCCCGUCAACCGUCCGCUCUGUAGGUGCUGUGUCUCCUCAGGCUUACAUGUACCCUCCUCAAGAUUCACUCGCAGGGGUGGGAGGUGACGUACAAGAAGCAUUCGCUCAAGGCCCGAGAAGGAACCUGAGGAAUGACCUUCUGGUAGCAGCCGACUCCAUCACCAACACCGUGUCCUCGCUGGUCAAAGAGCUCCACUCCGAUGAUGUUCGGGAGGAGGAGGAGAGAUUGCUGAAUGGGAAGGACAGAGCAGGUUAAAAUGAUCGCAGGACAAACAGAAACAACAGAGUGAUGAAUCGUCACGGCCAAAGAAGACCGACCUUGCUGGGAUUAAAAUAUAUCUUCUUAUAUUCAUCGUUAGCCAGUGGGGAUUAGACCUCCACCGCCAACCAAUCACGAUGCUGGACACCAAAUGGCCGCUGGGUCCCUACUGAUGUAUAGCUGUGAUUCUUUGUGUGUCUUGUCACUGUGGUUUUACUUUUGUUUUGAUUUGAUCAUGUGUAGCUAAACGAGGAAUCUGAAACCUACUGAUUUGUACUGUAGCCUGCAUGUGUUUGUGUGUGCGCUCUGCAUUUUUGAGGUACGGGAGGGUCGAGUAAGUGCGAUGGAGACAGAAAGAUGCCUGUGGGAGAUUUGUGAGGGAUAAGAGUGCAGGAAAGUUUCGGGAUCGAGAUAUAGGAUGUUAGAAAAGACAGUGAAAAAGAUUAAGAGAAGUGAGUUGUAACGUUUCAAGUUUCGGCACUGUGUGCUUAGUAUUUAUUGCUUUUGAUUUGAUUUUUGACAGUUAUUCAUUCAGUUUGAGUGUUUAUGUGUGCGAGUGUGGUCAGGCCCUGCUGAGAUGAUAAGCUUUAAUGGGACGUUUCCUGCUGGAUCGAGCCCAGCCCCUUCUGGCUGUGGUGGUGAUAGGAGGUGGAAAGUUGAGGUCCCGGUCCUGGUCCAGGUGUCUGAAACCUGGAUGAAAUUAGUGCCAUGGGUGCUCGUAUGAUAGCAGCUCAGGUUGUCCAGGCCUCUUUGUAUCUCGGUACUGCAGUGGGACUCCAGUCAAAGAGGAGAUAUCUGAUUACUUUGAGUGUUUGUGUGUCUGUGUGGAGAGAGAGAGAGAGAGAGAAUAUAAGACCAUUUGCUUCAACACGAUAGCCGCAGCAGCAGAGUAGGAAAGUGUGUGAGAAGUGGCCUCUAUUAUAUACACAAAAAAAUUCUGAUAUUUUGUCGUCAUUUGGGUGAACUGGUCCUUUAAUGAACCUACAAUUAACCUUAGUGUUUCUCAACAUAGAAACAAGACAACCCUAACCCUUUUUGUUCCUGCUAGCCUUGCAUGCAGAAUAAGGAGCUCCAAGUGGCCCUUACCUAAAAUGAUCUAUGCAAAAGAACAGAAUCACAUUUUAUAUAUAUAUAUAUAUA